AUGUGGGCCGACAACGGGACGAAAUACUACACUCGGGAGCGGUUGGACAAGCUUGUCCAGAUGUGCGGUAGCGUUGACGGUGUUUAUCUGGCCCUCAUCGGAGACGGCGCGAUGGGGCCUGUGCUGUCAGAGCGCCACGGCUGCUGGUCCAACAGCGGCAAGAGGCGAACCAAGGGAGGUGUGUACUGCCGGAUCGGUUUCUUGGGGCACGAGGAUCUGGCCCCGGUGUAUGCUUCGGCGGACGUUCACGUUUCUUGCUCGCACUUCGAGACUCUGGGCAACACUGUGCUGGAGGCGCACGCGUCUGGAACGACUGUCGUCGUGCCGAGAGCGCAGGGCUUCAUCGACACGGUAAACCACGAGGAGGACGGUUUCCUUUUCGACGGCCAUCGGCUAGCGGAAGGAGCGGCGUUUCUAGCUCGCCUCCGUGAUGAUCGCGACUUGUGCGCGAGCAUGGGAGAACGGGGCCGGCAGAAGGUGCAAAUUCAGUCUCCGGAGAUGGUGUCGAAACACGUCCUGGAGUGGUACCGAAGGACCUGCGCAAGCACGAAGGGCCAAACGGUUACGACCAGCUUGGUGACGGUGGCCGCGGAGCGGCUUUCCUCGCUUGUCGCGGUGCUCAUGGGCGUGGGGAUCUGCUUGUUUAUCCUGCUGGUCGUCGCCUUGUGGUUCGCAGUGGAGGCGGUGCAGGUGUUCGGCGGGAGUGUCGUUCGCUACUGCCACAACGCCAGGAACGUCUUGGGUAACUCGUCGUUCUUCAACAAGGUCUCCAAUUCCUACAAGGCCCUGACGAACAUCCCCGUGGAGAGGGAGGCGACACGAUGACACCUCGGCAGGUUGCUUCUUCACAACUCCUACGCGGACUUGCUUUGAAGGCGUUCACACCGAACGCAGGCAAACCGCAGCGAGGACUGUCCUGGAAAGGAAGGAAAGGAAGAGACAGCCAGCAAAGACAGGCUCGGUUCGGCAUAACGUGAAAAGGUCCUUUUCCCUCGUCUAUCAGCCGUGUGUCCGUGGCCUUGUGUAUUGUAUUCAACGGCGGCACCGUAAGGCGGGGGUGCGUGAAUGGAAACGUACUUCUAGUGUAGAGCCCCGCCUGUGCUGCCAUUUUACCCUUGUCUGACUACGCUUUUACCAAUACCAACUGUCUUUGGUUGGCAUGUUUUCGGAUCAACUUCGCUAAAGACAUUGGGCCUGUGGAAGAUUUAGUUGUUGACCAAGAUUACCCAUUUUGGUGUGUCUUGAAGCAUGCGGAAGGCGCCCGCGUCAGUUGAUCGGUACGGAUUUUAAAGCAUACUGAGCAGAAACCGUAACAGAAAGGCAACAAGCGCGUGAAUUUUUUUCUCUGUUUUGGGUGUCUCUGUACAAAGUCAAGUGCUUCCGAAGGGCCACCGGCGGCAACACCCCAUAGCCGUGGCGGGUUCGCCGACCGUGUGGGGAAAUCUACCCGCUAAUUUUGCUCAUGUGUCGUGCUUUGCGUUGCGUGUACUCUACCUCUACCGGGUAUGCCGUAGUGCUGCGCUGCUCCAAACGAUUUCAGUGCCGAUUUGUUUUUUUGCUCAUUCGUGUGGUAGCGGUGUGCUCCUUCGCUCCUCCUUAUUUCCCGGGAAUGUGGGA